AUGGCCUCAAGUAUCGGCAGGAAUGGUGUUCAGGUAUACGGUUCUGACCUGGUCUCGCUACAUCAUCAUUACCAGCAGCAGCCUGUAAAGAAUACAUAUAAGGAAGGCACGAAAAAAGAUGGGACGGUGGAUUCCUAUUGGUCCAGGCCUGAAUCUCGAAUCUGGACUGUGAUGUUACUGCUUGGGACUUGUUUACUCUACUGUGCCAGAGUGACCAUGCCUAUCUGUGCUGUGGCCAUGAGCAGUCACUUCAACUGGGACAAGAAACAGUCCGGCAUUGUUCUGAGCAGCUUCUUCUGGGGCUAUUGCUUAACUCAGAUCAUCGGAGGACACCUCAGCGAUCAGAUUGGAGGAGAAAAAGUCCUCCUCCUCUCUGCAUCUGCCUGGGGUUUCAUCACCGCUAUCACUCCGCUGCUCACCUAUAUCAGUUCUGCCCACCUGAUCUUCAUGACACUUGCUCGGUUCCUCAUGGGACUAUUGCAAGGAGCUUACUUCCCUGCCUUGGCCAGCCUCUUUUCUCAGAAGGUCCGUGAGAGCGAGCGAGCUUUCACAUGCAGCACAGUAGGGGCUGGCUCUCAGUUCGGGACGCUGGUGAUUGGUGGGGCAGGGUCCCUCCUUCUGGACUGGUAUGGCUGGGAGAGUGUCUUCUAUUUCUCUGGUUUACUCACUUUGCUCUGGGUUUACUGCAUGUGCAAAUACCUCCUGAAUGAAAAAGAACUCAUCAUUUGCUUAGAACAUUUUUCAAACGGCCUCUCGAUAUCCAAACAGACCAAAGUUCCCUGGAAGCAGUUAUUUAAAAAGGCCCCUAUCUGGGCUGUCAUAGUCGCUCAGCUUGCUACGGGCAGUACAUUUUUCACCCUUCUCUCCUGGUUGCCAACUUUCUUUAAAGACACUUUUCCCGAGUCUAAGGGCUGGGUGUUUAACGUAGUGCCGUGGCUGGUUGCAAUCCCAACAAGUUUGUUUAGCGGAUUCCUGUCUGAUCACCUGAUCAAUCAGGGCUAUAAAACGAUCACCGUUCGUAAGUUCAUGCAGGUCAUUGGCUCAGGUGUAUCAAGCAUCUUCGCCUUGUGCAUGGGUCAGGCAUCCAGUUUUUGCAAAGCUAUAGUAUUUGCAUCUGUCUCAAUUGGACUUCAGACCUUUAACCACAGUGGCAUUUCAGUCAACGUACAGGAUCUGGCUCCUUCGUGUGCUGGCUUGUUGUUUGGCAUUGGAAAUACAGGUGGAGCCCUAUUAGGUGUCAUUUGUGUGUAUUUAGCUGGACAUCUGAUUGAAACCACUGGUUCCUGGGUUCCUGUUUUCAACCUUGUGGCUACAGUUAAUGCCCUGGGGCUCUGUACGUUCCUGAUCUUUGGAGAGGCCCAAAGGAUGGACACAGACGCUGUGUACAUAGAUCUAUAGUAGCUGUAAAGAUGGGUUCAGCAAAUGAAAUCUGCUGAAAGGUUUAGGACUGUAAUGUCUAUUAAUAGCUGUUGUGCAAAUGGUUGUUUGCAGAAGAGAAUAUUAUUAUUUUGUAGAAUUUAAAUAGAAAAAAAUCUAUUGAGAGAAUAUUACGGGCUGGAUCUAAACCCAGAGGAGGGAGGAAAUUCAGAGUUAAAACUUAGCUCAGGGGAUGGCUGAUGGGUUAUGGAGCCUUUCAGCUCUAGGUCACCAGUUUGAAUUUGAAUUCACUAAUGCCUGAACAAAGCAGCUCCUGGCCUAUGUGAAAUCAGUUGGUAGCUCUAGUCCAGUUCCUAGUGCAGGAAAUGCCAUCCCAGUUGACACUAAGUGGUACCUUAGCUGGGAGUCUCAGCAGAGAUGCCAAGGACUGAAUGGCUCAUUGAGAGUGAACUCCUCUUUCAUUCUGAGAGAUGUUUUCUCCAGCACAGAGACGAGGCAUUUGAGCAGUGCGGGAAUCAUGCAUUGCAGGUGUCCAUGGUCUACCUGUUCUGUGGCUGAGAAGAUCACUCCUAUCUCCAGGGCUGUCAAUCGGUUCCUUUCAUCAACACUAAAUGAACUUAAUAAUACCAAGGACUGUCCUUAACUUGCCCUUGUGUGCCUCAGUAUUGCCACAUAUAUAGGUACUAUCAGGGUGUACAAAGGAAUGGGUUCAGAGUUGUUUGCCAUAUGCUGUGAAUGUAUAUGAAGGGUGGCUCACAUUCUGGACUGUGGAUCCAUAAUAUCAAGUGCUCUCUGCUUCACUAGGUCUGUUCCCAGUGUGCAUUGAAAGGAAUGCAGGAGACAUUCCAAAGAGCCCGAAAAAGUGCAUGUUAUGUAUUUAUGUUAAUUGUAGGGCUUUUUUUUAUGUUAUGAAUCCAUACUGCUGAAUGCUCACCAAAGGAGUUACCAUGCCGCUGUAGUACAUGCUUUUGAGCCUGAUUGUGUUAAGUUAUUUAUAAUUUUUGACUUUAAAUACCAAAAAGCCUUAGUCCACUUUAUGGUCUAAAGAGGUGAUUCUGCAAGCUGUCUCAUGUGGACCUCUUGCUGCAAUCAAUGAGAGUUCUGUGAAAGGAAGGAUUUAACAGCCUGCAAUUUUAUUUUGUUAGGGCUUAUUUUAAAUAUGGAGGUUCAUGUAAAAUCAUAAAUUGUCUUCUCCCCGCUCCCAUUCUAUAUAAACCUAUUUGGUUCUGUUUAGCAUUUGCAUUUUAAAAAAUUGUACUUGUGGAGUGAAUGAGCAAGGGACAAAAUUUCAAAGGGGCCUCAAUCUUGCAUCUUGGUUUUAAGUUUCAGUUCUGUUCUCCAGUCCGUGGCAAGGACUGUCGCUCGAGAAUUGGCCUUUUUAGCCACUCGCGAUGCUGCCUCACAACACCUAGCAACUGAUCUGCUUUGACACUUAUGCCAUCGUCUGUUGAGGCAGACAGUUGCCACAACAUAUGAAUCAGUUUCAAGCAUGGCUUAGGGCAUUUCAGGGCCAGGCCCUAAACUGGUGUAAAUUAUUGUCGCUACCUAGUGAAGACAUAGCAAUUUACACCUGCUGCCAAACCUGCACUCACCAAAACUUUGUGGGUGUGAAAUUUGCAGGCUCAGAUUUAAUGCCCAGAUUCUUUGAAAAUUUGUGUAUGUGUGCUAAAUUUUGGCUCAGAACAUAUUUACAACCAAGUCAUAAACUUCUGAUUGCACAGGUUCAUAAUGAAAAUAUUGACGGACCUUUUAACUGCACGGGUGCUAACGAGCUCCACUAAUAUGCGCUGAACUUUAAUGCAUAUUGAGAUAUUAAUAGAUCAUGGUGAUCCUGUCCAAUGGCUUGACAACAGUUUACAGCAUGCACGUGAUCUGGGACCAAAGAGAGGAGCCGAACCCUCCUCCUUGUGUGCUUUUUCUCCGGUAGUAGCCAGUGGUGGACUUGCGGUUACAGCUCACUGCCCCAUAUCCUGACACCAGAUGACACUGCUGGUAGGUGUUUUAAAACUGUCAGGAAACUUCAAGCAUAGUUGCUAUAAACAGGACUUGCAGGAGAGAACACAAGGCUAUGUCUUUGGCUUCACAUUUCCCUCUAUCAGCCGCACACCAUAUUGGUGAAAAUGAUGCAGGAAACUGCAGAGCGUACCAAUUAUUGGACCCGUCUGUGUGACAGAUCUGGUCACCCUGAGUCCUGCAGCAUUCAAGAGGAAUCCAGACGAUGGUGCUGUUCAGAGUUUUAACCAGGAAAUCUUCAUAUUUUAUUUUAAGUCAAUUAGGAAUUACACUGGUCAGAAUCCAGAGCUGAAACUGGCCCUUGGUGGACUGUGAGUCUAUAUUUAAGUAAAAAGUGGUGUCAGGGAUUAUCUACUUAAAGCAGUGGUUCUCAGCCUGUGGCCCAUGGGCCACUUGCGACCCAAUCAGCACCCAGCUGUGCCUAUGUGACAUCCUCAGGGCCAUACAGGUAGUAUUGGAUGCGGCCCACAAUGGUAAAAUAGGUUGAGACCACUGAUUUAGAGAGAGGGAGUGGUGGAACUGGGAAGAUGUGAGACGGUUUAUAAGAAAAUUGGGGGUGCCCACAUACAAAUUUGCACACAAAUUAGUUAAAUUGGUGCAAACUCCUGUGUUUUCUCCACUCAUUUCAGUGUAAGAGUGGCUUAUUUCAGUUUAGGUUAAAACUGCUCCCAAGCUAUUUAAAUUAAUUGAAACAAGCCUGGUUUAAACUGAAACACACAGCCUUUUGCACUGGUUUAAAUCAGUUUAAAAUCACAUAUUCAUACCAGUGCAAACCUGCAUGUUGAUAAACCCUUUCAAACUCCAGGAAAUUCUUAAGCUGAGAUCUUAAAAAAGAAAACAGAAAGGGCUUGUCUUCACUGCCGUUAGCAGGGUGACCAGAUAGCAAGUGUGAAAAAUUGGAAUGAGGUGUGGGGUAAUAGGUGCCUAUAUAAGAAAAAUCCCUGAAUAUUGGGACUGUUCCUAUAAAAUCGGGACAUCUGGUCACCCUAGCUGUUAGCUUGAGUUGUAUGUCUAACCUGACUCCAAUCCACACACAAAAAUCUCUAGCUCAAGUUAAGCAGUGCUUUUAAGCUGGAGCUAGCUGGUCCGUCAAGCUAGCGGGAUGAAGUUUGAGUGCUGCUGAUGCUUGAGUUGUUAAUGCAGGUGAAGGGAUCAACCCAACUCACAACUCAGCUGCUAACCCACUUGCUCUAUAAAGCUUGAGUGUGGUUUUGCAGUGCAGUUGCUCACACUGGGGGUAUAUCUGCACUGCAAUUGGAGGUGUGCCCGCAGCACAUGUAGACAUACCUGAGCUUGCUUUGAUGGAGCUAGAUCACAGUUAGCUCAAGUCACAAUAGCAGUGAAGCUACCUGAGAUGUGUCUACAUGCGCUGCAGUCACUCAGUCUGAUUGCAGUGUGGACGUACUGUAGGCUAGCUCUACUGGAAUAACUCAGUCUGACGGUUGCAGUGAAAUCAAGCCCAGAAAAACCAAAGCAGCACUGCUGGCUGCGCCUACUUUUGUAAUCCCAUGGGCAGCUAACAUUUUGGUACAUGAUCUUGGUUAUCUGUCUCUGUCAAUCUAGCAUGUGCUGGUAUCUUAUAUAUGUGAAGUGUGUUUGAUACUUUUUUCCAUGUGUUUUAUGCAUUUUGAUAAGGUAUUGAGACCGUUGUACAUGGCUGUAUGUUUUUUAAGAGCAAUCUUGCCUAACCUUGCUUGUGUGACAAUGGUUGUUGCAGUAAGAAAGACCUGCCAAAAAUAAAGGAAACCAAUCAGAUGAACAAAGCCUUGUUUUCAUUUAAAUAGAUAGGUGCAACAUGAUAAGGCUAAUAUGGGAGAGCCAGAUACAAAUGAUACUUAAUGUGAUUAAGUAUU